CCUUCCCCCAAUAAUAUUGAAGGAGGAACUCGAUCACAACGCCGCAUGGGCGCAAAGCUUUUCCCCUGCCACUCGCGCCACAAGUUCCACUCACUCGUCUCCCAAUUCCCCUCCAUUUUUUCUCCUUUUCUAUGCUUAAAUAGUUCCUUCGAUUAGGCCCUUUCACUCGCCGGUCUCCAUGGCUUGCCUGAGCGAUCACACCUGGCCAACCUCCCUCUCCAAUCAACUCGCUGAUUGCGUUUCCCUUCGGGAGCAACAAGAACAUGGCGCUGACACACCCGCUUUUUUCUCUGCGGAUUCUAUGAAAUUUGGGAUCGACAGGGUCUUCCCCGUUUAUGCCAUGGGAUUUUCCAAGCCCUCCGACGCACCCGCCGCCGCCGCUUCCGAUUUCGGUGACCCAAUUUGGGAUGCCGUCAGAGAGGAGGCUAAGUUGGAGGCAGAGAAGGAGCCAAUUUUAAGCAGCUUCUUGUAUGCCAGCAUCUUGUCACACGAUUGUUUGGAGCAGGCAUUGAGUUUUGUUCUUGCUAAUCGGCUUCAAAAUCCCACUCUCUUAGCUACUCAGUUGAUGGAUAUAUUUUGUGAUGUUAUGAUGCAUGAUAAAAGCAUUCAACGUUCCAUUCGUCUAGAUCUGCAGGCCUUGAAAGAACGGGAUCCUGCUUGUUUGUCCUACAGUUCAGCGCUUCUAUAUCCUAAGGGUUACCAUUCCCUUCAGGUACAUAGAGUUGCACAUACUUUGUGGAGCCGAGGACGCAAUGUGUUGGCUUUAGCACUACAAAGUCGAAUUAGCGAGGUUUUUGGUGUUGACAUCCAUCCUGCUGCAAAAAUUGGAGAUGGAAUACUCUUGGAUCAUGCGACGGGUGUUGUUAUUGGUGAAACUGCUGUUGUGGGUAACAGAGUUUCAUUGAUGCAUGGUGUCACUUUGGGGGGAACUGGGAAAGAAGUUGGUGAUCGUCAUCCAAAAGUGGGCGAUGGUGCACUAAUUGGAGCUUCUACUACCAUACUCGGAAACAUUAAAAUCGGCAAAGGGGCAAUGGUGGCUGCUGGUUCCCUUGUGUUGAAAGAUGUCCCUCCCCACAGUAUGGUUGCUGGAAUCCCGGCCAAGGUGAUUGGGUAUGUUGCGGAGCAGAAUCCCUCUUUGACAAUGAAGCAUGAUGCUACCAAAGAGUUUUUUGAACAUGUUGCUUGUAGUAGUUGUUGCAGAGAUGCUAAAGCCAACGGUCAGUGCCCUGAAUCCAAGGAUAGUCGGCUCUGAGGCGUGCUUCUGUCCUUUCAGUAGGCGUAGGUUCAUAUCUGAAAGAUGAAGUACAAUAGUAUUAUUUCAAAGCUUGUUCUUUUAGAUUAGUAUUGACUUCUUGGUAGAUAAUAAGAUGAAUUAUAGUUGUAGGAUAUCGGAGAGGAUUAUGUUCCAAAAAGUUCAAAAAAUAUUUGUGUAUAAAUAAUCUACUCCCGUUUAAGUAACGAGUAAAAGUACUUAAAAUUAGCCCCACA